AUGAAAGCAAGCAGAAAGAUUCCUAUGCAGAAACGUGAAACCAGAGCUCAAAGGGCCGUUAGUUUCUCAAAGAGGCGUUGUGGGUUAUUUAACAAAGCUGCAGAAUUGUGCAUGCUUUCUGGAGCUCAAAUUGCCAUAGUGGUUUCUUCACCUUGUUCGAAAGAAAGCAUUUUUUCUUUUGGAUACCCUUCAGUUGAUUCUGUGUUCCAUGCUUUUCUUCAUAAUCGUGUUCCUGAGCGGGCGGAUAAGGAGAUUAUGAAGUCAGCUAUUUCUCUUUCUAGUGAAAUCAAGGCAUUUGUGAAAGAACCUGAGAAUAGAGAGAACAUUGAUGGGUUCUUGAAGGAUGUUGAAGACCUGGAAGAGAGUUUUGAGUCCAUUGAUGAGUUGCUUGUUGUUCAAGAAAAGGUGGAAAAAUUGAGAAACAAUGCUUUGAUGAGGUUGAAUGACUUGCCUUCAAAGGUCUUUGCUUCAGGUUUUACUUCUGAUUCUGCUACUUCAAAUUUUGGGAAUAAUCAUGUUGACAAUAUUGAUUUUAGCAACGGAAUUAGCACUGCUUUGGCUUCUGAUUUUUCUCAUUUUGAUCAGAUUCUUAUGAAUGGUGAUAACAACUCUGUUUACAAUCCUUGUUUUUCUAAGAAACUUGCAAACAAUAGAUUUUACAAUAGCAAUGCUAAUGUGGGAUUCAACAAUGCCUCAACUUCUAAUGCUGUUUAUCCUGUUGGGAAUCCUGUGAAUAAUGAUGAAUUUAACAACAUUUACCAGGAAGCUGAAUUUGGGGCGAAGAACAAAUUUAUUUCCAAUCCUGAAGAUGAUUUUAACCAUGGUGUUCCUCAGAAUUCGAUGGAGACGCAUGUCAAGUACGAAAACAAAGAGUUUCCACUGUACCCUUAUGCCGAUUCAGAUGCAGUCAGUUAUGCAGAUUGUGCUCACCAGAACAUCAUCAUCACAAAUUUUGCUGUGAAGGGUGUGCCCCUUGCAACUUGUUUGGUUCUCUGGAAAGUAUUGAACUCUCCAGGGGAGCAAGCAGACACUAUGGAGGCAAUGGAUAUUGUUGGGCCUGCUGUUGCACCCUUCUCCUGUACUGAGUAUAAUUCUGCCUCAUCAUAUCAAAACAACUACAAGGAAAGUUAA